AUGCAGUGCCAGCCGCCGAGUCAACAGUACCUCGCGAAUAUCCCCCCCGGUCCCAAACCAUGGCCGGUGGUGGGCAACUUCGGAGGUUUCCUUGUCCCUGCCUUUCUCUGGAGAAGGUUGACCGGCGUCCGGGACCGGCCCGCCGCCGUAUCUCCUCCGGUUUUUCUGAUGCAACAAGCCAAACUUUACGGUAAUUUGUACAGUUUAUUCGUGGGAAGCAAGUUGGUGGUUGUGCUCAAUGGAUACGACGUCGUCAGAGAAGCUCUCUCCAACCACGCUGACGUGUUUUCAGACAGACCAGAUAUUCCUAUUAUAACCAUCUUAACUAAACGUAAAGGGAUAGUGUUUGCACCAUAUGGUCCAGUGUGGAGAAGACAGCGCAAGUUUUGCCACACCACCCUCCGAAGCUUUGGCCUUGGUAAGCUGAGCCUAGAGCCUUGCAUCCUGGAGGGUUUGGCUGUUAUCAAAGCUGAACUGCUGCGACUAAGUGAAGCGUUUGCCCACACUGGUGUGGACAUGACCCCUCUGAUCAGCAAUGCCAUAUCCAAUGUUAUUUGCUCUAUGAGCCUUGGGCAGCGCUUCCAUCAUCAGGACCGCGAGUUCCGCACCUUGCUUGACCUGAUGGCACACGGGCUGGAAAUCAGCGUCAACAGUCCUGCAGUUCUCAUUAACAUCUUUCCAUUGCUGUACUACCUGCCAUUUGGGGUCUUCAAAGAGCUACGGCAGGUGGAAGGGGACAUAACAGCAUUUCUGAAGAGGAUCAUUGAAAGGCACAGGUCAACAUUAGAUCCAGAAAAUCCAAGGGAUCUUAUAGACAUGUACCUUGUGGAGAUGUUGGCCCAGCAAGCAGCAGGAGAGGAAGAUGGCAGCUUCACAGAGGAUUAUCUUUUUUACAUUAUAGGGGAUCUCUUUAUUGCUGGCACUGACACCACCACUAAUUCAGUACUGUGGCUCCUACUUUACAUGGUCAUAUAUCCUGACAUCCAAGAAAAAGUCCAGGAAGAGAUUGAUGAGGUUGUGGGUAGAGAUCGGAUUCCAUCUCUGACUGAUAAAGGCAGUUUGCCCUUUACGGAAGCCACCAUCAUGGAGGUGCAGAGGAUGACUGUGGUGGUUCCCCUAGCUAUUCCUCACAUGAUCUCAGAAACUACAGAGUUUAGAGGCUACACCAUUCCAAAGGGUACUGUCAUUGUCCCAAAUUUGUGGUCUGUUCAUAGAGAUCCCACUGUGUGGGAAAACCCAAACCAUUUCAAGCCAUCACGGUUCUUGGACAAUGAGGGAAAGCUGCAAAGGAAAGAUUGCUUCAUUCCAUUUGGGAUUGGUCGCAGGGUUUGCAUGGGGGAACAACUGGCCAAGAUGGAGCUGUUCCUGAUGUUUACCAACCUGAUGCAGGCCUUCAAAUUCAGGCUACCAGAGGGAGUGCCUUCUCCUCCCAUGCAUGGGCGCUUCGGCCUAACACUGGCACCCUGCUCAUACACUGUGUGUGUGACUGCCCGUAACUGA